AUGACCUUCACCGACUGGUGGUUCCGCUCCACAAUCGAGUUCCCAGAUGAGCCCCAGUUCAUCACUCCCCCGGCAAUUUUAGUAUCGGGAGGGCGGAGCCGCGUGCACGCUGUCAGGGUGGAGCCCGCGCCAUCCCCUGAGAGGCAGAGCAGAGGGGCCGUGCUGGCGGCGCGAGCGCUGCCCAGCGGUCAACUGCCGGCUGAUGAGGCCGUGCGACCCUAUCUGGGGCUGCGCAGCACGUGGCAGAACGUUACAUACUCGGUGGGAAAGUUUUUCAUAUUCUCCGCCUACUUCGAUAGGAGGCUGGAUAAGAAGUUCGUACGUAUUAUCGCCACGGGUCGGCUACGUCUUCCCCGUACAAUCCGCGCGCUGCAGUGCGUCCUGCACUACAGCGACGGCUCGAAGGAGACGGUAACCGCCGAACACAAGGUGAUCCGGGAGAACUGGGGCCUGGCCUACACGGCCCGGUUCGUGCUCUGUAACACCGACCGACUCCCGCUCAGGGUGUCACUGGUGGAGAAACUGGACGAUCCCAACCCGGCCACGGUGGCAGUGUCCGACCUGGACCCGUCUGUGGAGCGGCUGGGCAAUUUCGCCGUGUGCGUCAAGCCGUUCCACUACCAGUUCAACCGUGCCGUGUGGCUGGUGGAGUUUAUCGAGUUCCACCGGCUGCUGGGCGUCAACCACUUUGUGUUCUACAACCACACGGUUGGCACUGAUGUGGAGAGGGUGCUGCGCUUCUACGAGAGCCGCGGCGUGGCCACCGUGAUUCAGUGGGAGAUGCAGCUCAGGUCACAGAAGGAGAUUCGGACCGAGAACAUGUUCGCAGCGCUCAACGACUGCGUGUACCGCUCCAUGUACCGGUACCGGUACGCGCUGCUCGUGGACGUAGACGAGUACAUUGUACCGCGACAGCACCUCGGCUAUGGGGAUAUGUUUGAGCUGCUGGAUAGCCGGCGGCGAGCUAACUACGGCUCUUUUGUGUUCAAGAACUGUUUCUUCUACCUAUACUGGGAGAACGACACCGCAGUGGCGGAGCAGCUGCAGCUCUCUCAAGCCGGCGAGCGCCGCUUCCCCUACCUUAUCACCCUGUUCAAGACGCGCCGCAUGCGCGACCCGUUCCGCUUCUUCUCGCGCUCCAAGUACUUUGUGGCGCCCGAGCGGGCCGUGGAGGUGGGCAACCACCAGGUCUGGCAGCACGUGCCAGGUUUCAAAGCCAUGUCCGUGGGAGAACACUAUGGCUUAGUUCAUCACUACCGAAUAUGUGAAAUGGGAGGCUUCGAGUGCAAAAAGAAGCCGUCAGUGAUUGACAGAACAACGCACAAAUAUCUUCGACAGCUAACUGGCCAAGUGCUCACGUUGUGCGCAGCCAUCUUUGGCGAUAGCUGUCCAGAGGCGCCGCCACUUGGGUCGCCAUGGUAACGAGAAACAAUGCAGCUUGGGUCUCCAUGGCAACGCGACGCGCCACUCAGUGCAAUGCAGUGCAGUGCCUGCAGUGCAGUGAUCACUGGUCAUCGAACAUCGUGUGCUUUCUUGUGCCGUGGUGGUUGUGAGGCAGUGAAGAACGCCUUCUGUGUCACUGAGUGCGAUCAAGCAAUGACAGAUAGGUAUAUGUAAGACCGAUCCCAUUUAGAUAAAACGAUAUGCCUAGUUAGGUAUAGUUGACUACAGAAUGAUGUUCCACUCCUCAGAAGCUAUCAGUUGACCGGAGCGCUAAGUUGUGCCGUUUAUCACGCAAUUAAAAGCGUGUCAAUUGUGAGCAUUUACAAAGCUAUAAUUUGUGAACUCAGCCCGUGUGAUGCGGCACAGCCUACCACUCCAGGCAAAUAAUUGCCUGUGAAAAGUGGAGCAUCAUUCUGUAGUCGACUAUACAUGCCAGAGAGAAAGGCAGACUGAGUUGUGCCAUAUCCAUUGUCAGUUGAUGACGACGCUCAAAUUUGUUAAAUUGUGUGGCUGCAGUUGUAGGACUCUUGCAGUGCAUCGUACCAUAAAGUUUGCCCUCGCUCGCCGAGAACCCAUAUAACUCCGCCAGGCGAGUAGGUAGGUAAGCAACUCUAAAUGCGGGUAUGCAGCAGUUCCCUCACCAUUUAUUCUUGUUUUUACUUAGCAUUCAGAUCAGCCGCACCAGUGCGGCCCUGCACAUGUUUUUGGUGCACGUGUGAAAAACCCGAUAACAUUUAUUGUGUGUUCACCGUUUAGUGUUCAAUGCCUCACGCGAAGUGACCAUGUACGACUGCCUUAGCGUCAACACUAAUCUCGCUGUGAUCUAUUGUGCCUGUUUUCAAAAAGUGUUUGCGUGCAGGUCUGCGUGUAUUGCCUUUCGUGCGAACAUCUGACCUGCUACGACAUGCCUGUUUCUGACUAUACCGAGGACAAAAAUAAACCAGUAGCAGUCA